AUGCCAGCGCAGCAACCGCAUCGGAGAAUGGUGCAGAGCACUACUGAGCCCCAGGACACAGUGGCCGCUAUCGAGAUUAGAGAGAGUGUCUCCCGGGAGAGUGGAGCGGCUCCCGCUCCGCGCGAGCCAGCCUCCAGCUUCGACACGCAACCGCCCAGCAAUCCAACGUUUGAAACAGCGAAAAUACAGUCCACAAAGAGCUCGUACGACGACAACCCGCUGCUAUCGAUCACACAGCCGACCUCCGCGCCCAACAACACCCCGGUUCAGAGCCCCCCAGAGUCGCCUGGUGGGGGGCGGGACGCCCCCCACCAGAGAGACGAGAGUCCCAAGAGCGAGUCCGGGAGUGAAGAGGCUGCUGAGGACGCCAGCUGCCGUCGACCAUCGCUCUUGCCACCGCCGCAUUUGCUGUUGGGCGGUGGGUCGCGCGAUCACGUGGGCGAGAGGUAUACAAGAGGAAGCAGGCAGGAGGAUGAGAACUCGCCGAUAUCGAUCAUCAAUCGGCGGCAGAUCUUCAGUACGUCGGACUCGCGGUCGACGGGGUCUUCUCAGCAGGUGGCGGGACCGCCUGGAGCGAGGAAGAGCGCAAACAGCGACGAGAAAACAAGCGAGGAUGGGAAGAAGAGCGAGAGUGGUGGGAACGAGAGCAGUGGCGAUGAGCUCGGAGUGGCACCGCAGAGUUUUUACUUUGACAAGGACAGGUCCGUGACGGAUCCGCAUGUGAAGCACGACCAGGCGGACGAAAAGAUUAACAUAUCGUCGUGGCUAAAGUCCAGGCAUGGCGCAGAGGUGUAUUCGCUGUCGGAUAGUGCCGGGAAUGGUAAGAGCAGCGAGAGCAGUCGGCACGGGACCAAGGAGAGCGAACAGUUUUCGAUGCACGAUGGGCUGAUCUCGCCCCAGGCGCCGAGAUCCGCGCUGUCGAUGGGCAGCUCGUGCGGCCGUGUGAUGAGCAGGGGCAGCGUUCCGGAGGAGUUGUCGACCAAGGACGGUGGAGAGGAGGAUGACGAGAACUACGUGCCGCCACCGCCGCCCAAGUUUAUCAACUCCAAGCUUGACGGUGUCAGGUCACGGUUGCUGCUGAACCCUAGGGUGACGCCUCCGAAUAUAGACGCGGAUAUGGGCACUGCGACGGCUGCUGCGGUGCUCUCGAACAUGAGGUCGUCGCCGUUCCACUUUCCGGAGAGGUCUCAGCAGUACAGCAGCCGACCCGGGUCCUCGUCCUUCUCCAAGAGUUAUCCCAGGCCGAUAAUUCGCAUCCACCAUAGAGAAUAUCCGAUGGGGGAGAACGACGAAAAUGCAGUGCUAGAUGGCGAUGAGGACAAUGAGGAUGGCGACGCUGGCGGAUCUCAGAAACAGGAGGAUUUCAGCGGAGUGGUGAAAACCACAGGUGAGAGGCUGCGAAAGAACAGCAUGUUGAGUGACCAAGCAGAGAGAGAGGUUACUUGGAACAAGAGUGGAAAACGAAUCAAUCGAAGAUUGACGGCGACUAGUCCAAGAAGUAAGAGACCGAAGAAAUCUAGAUCGAGGACCAAAGCAUCUCAUACAGACGACGAUGGCUCCAGGAUAAGUGAUGAUGGCGAUGAGAGCUACACAUUGAACGACUACCAUGAUGAGGAUGAAGAGGAGGAUGACGAUAGUGCGGCCAAGUCAGUGUCCAAGGCCUCUAGACAAAAAGCCGGUUUGGGAUCGCGGUCGCGUACUGGUUGCUGGAUCUGCCGUUUAAGGAAGAAAAAGUGCACAGAGGAAAAGCCAAGUUGUUUCAAUUGUGAAAGGCUCAAUUUGGAAUGCCACUACGACGCUAUCAAGCCUGAUUUUGUUUCCGAUCCCAAGAAGAAGAUGCUGAAGUUGCUUGAAAUAAAGACAAAAACAAAAGAGGCAAAGAGGAAUGCAAUGAGAAAAAAACCUUCUAAAGCUAACUCUUAG